AUGCCAUAUGAGCUGGAAGGAGUCGAUUUAUGGUGGCGUGGACCAUCAUUCCUCAAAAUACCGGAAGACACCUGGUCAGAAGGCGUAAAAUUAGUUCUCGAGGAGUUUGUCCCAGAGUUGAUUGCCAUUACCGCCAUGCCUGUGGUGGUGGAAAGAUUCCGGCUGUUCGACGACUGCAGCGAGUACUACAUCAUGGUCCGAGUUGUCGCACGCAUUAAGCUCGACGAGGCAAGCCAAAAAACCGUGUGGACGGACAACGGCACAAAUUUUGUCGGGGCCGCAAAUCUGUUUCAAGAAUGGGAGAAAUUUUUUAAUCGUCAGGAAAACCAAAACGAGAUUCAGCACUCCCAAGGUAACAGCAUAGAAUGGCGAUUCAAUCCACCAGAGGCACCACACUUCGGCGGUAUAUGGGAGGCUAAUAUUCGGCAGACUAAGGCGCUUCUCGUAAAGCAGACCGGAAGAGCAGCACUCAGUUUCGAAGAGAUGUCGACUGUCCUGGCCCGUAUAGAAGCUGUUCUCAAUUCACGUCCUGUAACACAACUGUCCGAUGAUCCCGAAGACCUGGAACCUCUAACGCCGGGUCAUUUUUUAAUUUUCAGACCGUUAACUGCUGUCGCUCGCCUCGAAGUCAAAGGUCAAAACCAUCCAAGGUCACGUUUCGAUCACAUCACCGCCAUCGUUCAGCAUUUUUGGUCGCGGUUUCAACUAGAGUAUAUAUCUUCGCUACAGGAAAGAUUCAAGUGGCACAAGAAAGUUGCUGUAAAAAUUGGCCAGCUUGUACUAGUGAAGAAGGACAACAUGCCAGUACAGAAGGGGCUUCUUGGUCGAAACACCGAAACAUUUGCUGGUAAGGAUGGAGUCGUUCGUGUCGUUAACAUCAAAACUCAAAAUGGAAUCAUGAAGCGAGCAGUUUCGGAAUUGUGUUUCCUCCCAAUCGAUCCUGAUCAAAGUUUAGAAAGCUGUACCUUUCAACGGGCGGAGGAUCGUACGCAGAUUAGUCUCGAAACAAUAGUGUUGAAACAGCAGUGUCGAAACAACAGUAUCAAAGCAAUAGUGUCGAAACAACAGCGUCGAAACAACAGUGACGAAACAAUAGUACCGAAUAGAACACAACCAGGCAUCAUCAUCAUCGCUGCAUUGUUAAGUGUCAUCAUCGUCGUCUUUGUUGCUGUAUCGAAUCCAUUGGAAAUUGUUAACCGCGGUGUAUCGAAACAAUAG